AUGUUCACUUCCAAAUCCAACUCUGUUUCUCCUUCACCAUCCAUGGAACCUGCAGAUUCUGAUGCCUUGGAUAUCAGCACCAAAGUGCAGCUGCAUGGAGUGCUUUGGAAAAGACCCUUCGGAAGACCAUCCGCAAAAUGGUCCAAGAGAUUUUUUAUCAUCAAGGAGAGCUUUUUGCUGUACUAUGCUGAGAAUGAAAAGAAGAACUUUGAAAACAACCGGUACUUUAAUAUCCACCCGAAGGGUGUUAUACCUCUUGGAGGGUGCAUUGUAGAAGCCAAAGAAGAACCCAACAUGCCUUAUGCUAUGAAAAUCUCCCACGAGGACUUCCAUGGCAACAUUGCCCUAGCUGCAGAGUCUGCCUAUGAGCAAGCCCAGUGGUUGGAGAUGCUGCAGGAGUCUGGAAAAGUGACCUGGAGAAAUGCUCAACUAGGAGAAGCCAUGAUCGAGAGCCUUGAAGCCCAGGGACUCCAGCUGGCCAAGGAGAAACAAGUAUAUUUAGAUAAACUGAUGGAAGAAACAGAGGAGCUGUGUCUGCAGAGGGAGCAGAGAGAGGCUCUGGAGCGCCUCAACCAAGUAUUGGAGGCAGAAAAGCAGCAGUUUGAGGAGGUGGUGCAAGAUCUGCGGGUGGAGCAAGAGCAAAUUAAACGGGAGCUGGAAAUGACUGCUCAGUCCCUCAAAGGAGUGGAGGCGGAAAAGAAAGGCCUCCGAAAUUUGACAGAAACGUUGCAGAAGACACUGGAAGACCUUUCCCUGGAAAAACAGCGAACUCUGGAAAUGCUAGAGGAGAAAGCGAGUCAGUUGCAGACUCUGACCAGCCCCAGCGAGCAGCCUGAUGAUGCCACUGGGGGCCUGCACAGCAGCUUGCACCAGAUCGAGGAGAAGAUGCACCAGCUGCUGGAAGAGAAGCUCCUGGCAGAGAAAAGAAUGAAAGAGAAUGAAGAACGCUCCCAAGCUCUAGAGAAGGAGCGGGAAUUCUAUUCUUCCCAGUCACAAGCCUUACAGAACUCCCUGUCUGAGCUGGCAGCUGAGAAGCAGCAGGCCGAGAGAGACCUCAAGGCAGAAGUAAAGGUGCGCAUGGACCUGGAGAAGCGUUUGCAAGAAGCCGAAGAAGCCCUGCAGAGCCUGGAGCAAGGCCUGAAUUGCAAGCAUAGAAACAAAGAGAAAGAGGAAAAAAUGAAAGCUGAUGUCAGCAAUCUGAGAAAGUUCUUUGAGGAGUGCAUCCGGAAUGCUGAAUUAGAAGCCAAGAUGCCAGUAAUAAUGAAAAAUUCUGUCUACCUCCACAAGGCUGCUACGCGCCGGAUAAAAAGUUGCCGAUUUCACGGCAGGAGAUCCAGCAAUUCCUGGAAUGACUUACGGCAGUCGCAAUCCUUCAUGUCCUCGGAAGCUGAGAACUUAGAAGGGUUGAAGCAAGCAGCCAAGAGGUUGAGCCAAGACCAGCACUUCCGGGAGACCAUCUAUCAAAUCAUGACAUCGCACCAAGGUCCAUCUCCUUCAGGCGACAGGAAGUGAACGCUUGCCUUUCCCAGCAGGAGGGAGGUUCCAGACUUGGCUUGCCAUCAUCCCACUCUGCAGGAGCCAGGAGGUUGUGCCUAGAGGCUGAAGGAGGCUGACGGUCUGCACUGUGUUCUUUCCAAGGAAGGAUGGAUGGCGAAUGGGAGGCAGUCCCUUGUGGAGGCUUGUGGUUGAGCUGCUGUUCCCAGGGGGAAAUAAGCAGCUCUGCCCAGAAUGUGGGGGGCACUUUGCCAUCCCCUCUCGUCACAACAGCCGACUCCACUUCCAUUUCAAAUCACUUCACUGAGAUCCUGCAGUGUCAAAGUGAGCCCCAAACCUGAGCUUGGAGCAGCUGUCUUCAAGCCAGCUGGGGUGG